UCCAAUCUUCCCAAAGCAAAUUAUACUCUAGGUUUCACUGGCUGUAAAAAAGGGGACCGUAGCAGCAGCUUGAGAGGGUGUUUUGAGGAUUAAAUGAGGUGUGGUAUGCAAAGUGCCUGGCUGGGAGCCAGGUGGGUUUCUAACAAAUGGUACACUGCCUCUUUUUAUUACCUAGCACCCGCGACCUUGUACAGCAAACUGGAUUGUUAUUUCAUUCAACUUCAAGAGGUAUAGCUAUGAAAAUACCCACAAGGGGCAGGAGAUAACUGUGAGUCAUAACGACAUGGUGUGGACCCGGGAACACAGGUGUUCCGGUGGGCCCAGCCGUGCAGUAACCAGGUGACACACUCAGGCCAGAGUCCAGAACUCAGAACAGUUCCAGACCGCGCCUGCUACCGGGAGAACACGAAGUCAGGACUGUUCUGGGCUCUUUGCAGCCGGCUGGGUCAUCGAGGGCCACGCCCCAAAAGUCUAUUUCUUCCUGUGUAAAAUGGGGCUGAAGCACGUCGGUGUGAGUGGUUUUCAUUUUCCACACUCUUUGCGGUGUGGUCACAUUUUCUACCUCGCUGUUGUAGUCAACUCACUGCAGUAGAAGCAGCGGUUCCGACCGUUCUGCCCCGGAUGAGUACCCACACUUGUCCGGGUCCCAAGAAUCGGCUGCCGCAGCCGGGGGCAGUCAGAGUUCGGAAAGUCACUUCACAUCCCUGUAGGACUUUACACUAGCUGCUAGCACUGGAUGAGCACCAAUGCCCCGCCCACUGACUGAUGUGGGGGCGGGGCCCGGCCUGGCCUGGGGGCGUAACCAUCGGGGUGGGCGGGGCCACCCGAGAAGGCGGAAGCCUACUGUCUCUGGGCGGCGGCAGAACCAGGAGUCCGGAUUUCCACGUUCCCUGGAGCGGGGCGCCGGGAGACGGCGGAUGGCAAAACCCGGCGCCCGGAAGCCCUUGCUUUCUUUGACGCAAAGGCUCGGGACCCAGAAGCCGCCGUGUGCCCAGUGCCGGGUCAGAAGCGACCCCAGACGGAGCCUCUGAAGUCCCUCCGCCCUAGAGCCUCGGCCGUCUCCGCCGCCGUCCUCGUGGCCAUGGAGUGUCCGCACCUCAGCUCCAGCGUCUGCAUCGCCCCGGACUCAGCCAAGUUCCCCAACGGCUCCCCGUCGUCCUGGUGCUGCAGCGUGUGCAGGUCCAACAAAAGCCCCUGGGUCUGUUUGACUUGUUCAAGUGUCCACUGUGGAAGGUAUGUGAAUGGCCAUGCAAAAAAACAUUAUGAAGAUGCACAGAUACCCUUACUCAACCAUAAGAGAUCAGAAAAACAGGAGAAAGCUCAGCAUACAGUGUGUAUGGAUUGCAGUAGCUACAGCACAUACUGUUAUCGCUGUGACGAUUUUGUGGUCAAUGACACCAAGCUGGGCCUGGUACAGAAAGUGAGAGAACACUUACAGAACUUGGAAAACUCAGCCUUUACAGCUGACAGGCACAGAAAAAGAAAAUUAUUGGAAAACUCAUCACUAAACAGCAAGUUAUUAAAAGUAAAUGGAAGUACAACUGCCAUUUGUGCCACAGGCCUUCGAAAUUUGGGCAACACUUGUUUCAUGAAUGCUAUCCUCCAGUCACUCAGUAACAUUGAGCAGUUUUGCUGUUAUUUCAAAGAACUGCCUGCUGUGGAGUUAAGGAAUGGGAAAACAGCAGGAAGGCGAACAUACCACACCAGGAGCCAAGGGGACAGCAAUGUGUCUUUAGUAGAAGAGUUUAGAAAGACACUGUGUGCUUUAUGGCAAGGCAGCCAGACUGCAUUUAGUCCUGAGUCCUUGUUUUAUGUUGUCUGGAAGAUCAUGCCUAACUUUAGGGGUUAUCAGCAGCAGGAUGCCCAUGAAUUCAUGCGCUACCUUUUGGAUCAUCUACACUUAGAACUUCAGGGUGGCUUCAAUGGUGUUUCCCGCUCAGCAAUUCUACAGGAGAAUUCUACACUGUCUGCAAAUAACAAAUGCUGCAUAAAUGGAGCAUCAACUGUUGUCACAGCUAUAUUUGGAGGAAUUCUCCAGAACGAGGUCAACUGCCUCAUAUGUGGGACAGAAUCGAGGAAGUUUGAUCCAUUCCUAGAUCUCUCCUUAGAUAUUCCAAGUCAGUUCAGAAGCAAGCGUUCUAAGAAUCAGGAAAAUGGGCCAGUUUGCUCCUUAAGAGUGCAGAAUUUUAAAAGUUCUAACAUUGGUGCCUACAAGUUAAACACUUCACUGGCACUGUGCUUGCACCUGAAAAGGUUUCACUGGACAGCAUAUUUAAGAAACAAAGUCGAUACAUACGUUCAAUUCCCACUGAGAGGCCUGGACAUGAAGUGCUACCUACUAGAGCCGGAGAACAGUGGCCCAGACAGUUGCCUGUAUGACCUCGCUGCUGUGGUUGUACACCAUGGCUCUGGGUGAGUUGUCAGCUUAUCGGAGUUGGGGG